AUGCCGGGGGCGCCGUGGAGAAAGGAGCGGGGUUGGAGGCGGUGGAGGCGGGGGGGGCACGUUACAUAUCACGGGCCCGGGCAGCUGCUGGUUGGUGGUUUGGAUCUGAGGGCUCGGAAAUUGGGGUUGAGGGGGUUCGUGGGGGGGUUGGAGGAGGUGGGGGUGAGGCUUUGUCGCCGCCUCGGGGUGCCCGCAGCGAGAUCCAGGCCCCCCCCGCUCACCGGAGUCUGGGUGGGGGACGGGAAGGUGGCGGCUAUAGGGGUGCACUGCGGGCACUACAUCACCUCCCACGGGCUGGCGCUGAACUGCUGCACCGACCUGGGCUGGUUCGAGCACAUCGUCCCCUGCGGGCUGGAAGGGAUGGGGGUGACCUCGCUGAGCCGCGAGCUGGGCCGCCACGUCCCCGUAGCCGACGUCCUACAACCCUUCCUCCACUGCUUCCAGGAGGUUUUCGGCUGCUCCUUGGUCUUUUCGGAUGAACCCGCAGCCUAGGAAGGCACCGGGGGGGUCCCAGAUGCCAGCUGGGGGCUUGGCGGUGAACGUUGUGUCCCCUAUGGGGCUGCCCCGUGCUUGGUUUUGGGACAGGAGUUUGGUUUUGGGGCUGUCCCGGUCGCCAAAGUGCCACCACCGGCCCUAUAGGGCACCCAGGGGUGUGCUGAUGCUGGGACCCCCCCGUGGUCGGGGCUCCUGGAGGUGCUGUGACAAUAAUGCUGCUUGGGGUCAGGGACGGAUCCCACAAGCCUCAACUGGAACUGGUGGCACUGUGGGAAUUACCCCAAUUGCAGCUUUUGGGUUUUUUUUUUCCUCUUUUCCCCAAAAAUGCACAUUUGGGGUGGAUGCGUGCUGACCUCCCCCCAAAACCCACAAGCGGGGUGGAUGCGUGCUGACCCCUGGAGAGGCCAGGGUGGCUGAAGUCCCCGUCUUUGCUCCUGGUGCACAGAAAUCGGCAGAUUUUAUAGGAAAAAAAAAAACUUUAUGGGA